AUGGAAAACGAACAUUUACCUGAAAUCAAAAAAAGUGAUAAUAAAGAUAAUGUAAAGAAAGAAAGUACAUCAACUCAAGAAUUACAACUUCCUCAUGUUUUCAAAUUAUAUCUUGUGGAUAUAGAAAAAUCAUUAAUUCAAGCAUGGGAGGAAGAAUUAACAAAAAUUUCAGAAAAAUUCACACCAACGAAUUCAACUAAACGUUUAACGGUACAAGUUUGUAAUAGUACAUUUCAAACAUUAUUACAAACAAAUCAGGUUGAUUGUAUGGUAUCGCCAGCAAAUUCAUUUGGAUUAAUGGAUGGAGGAUUAGAUUAUUAUAUAACCGAAUAUUAUGGUGGAGUCGAUGAAUUGAUUCCCGUUGUACAAAAAGAAAUUGAAAAGGAAUGGUGUGGGGAACAAAAUGUUGGUACUUGUACGCUAGUUGAUUUACGUGAUUUAAUUAAAAAAUUAAAAGAAAAUCAUCCAGAUUUGUCAAAACAGGACAAGUUUCCAGGUUAUUUGGCCCAUUGCCCAACCAUGAGAACUCCAAAAUCAUUAGAUUCUCAUGAUGAUAUUGUUUACAGAUGUACUUGGGCCAUGUUAACUUCCAUUCGUAAACAUAAUGCGAACGUAUUGGAAAAUCCUAAUGGAAAUCAUGAACGUAUAAAUAGUGUUAUUUGUGCUGGAUUUGGUACUGGAGUUGGCGGUUUUUCGGAAAUUACUUGUGCUAAACAAAUGAUGUUGGCUAUAAAGCAUUUUGUUGAAGCUCCUGUAAAUAAUGAAACUAAGAGAAUUAAUGAUCAUGAAGGUUGGGGUGGUAAUUGGCUAAUACAAUGGUCCUAUGCAAGAAAAAUUGAAAGUUCUGUAAAUUCUGCUCAAUUUCGUAAAGGUCAUUAUUAA